UGUACUGCGAAUAGGCGCUAUAAUUCACCUUGCUCGUCUGUGCACCUACACAGACCUUGAUCCAAACCUAACGGUUUGUUUGAACCGGUGCUGACAGUUGCGCUGUCAGUCGGACCGCAGAUGAACCAAUCGGGCAAGAUACGCCGUCCACCUACAGGGCCCAAAGAAAAGCAACCCAAAGCUGGCCCCGUGCGGAAAAGCAAAACAUUUUCGUAACCUUUUUUCGCCCAGAACCGAACAGUUUUCCAGCACCAGCAGGGAAUUAGAAGCAGCGCCGUUGCGAGCCGCCCGACAGCAUCACCAUGCUGUACCUCGAGGAUUACUUGGAAAUGAUCGAGCAUCUGCCCCAGGAGCUGCGGGACCGAUUUACCGAGAUGCGCGAGAUGGAUCUGGCGGUGCAGAACAAUACCGAUGCGCUGGACAAGCGCGUUCGGGCCCUGUUUCAGCAGUGCCGGCGGGCCGAAAUCUCGUCCCCGAUGGCGGACGUCGAGUUCGACUCGAUACGCACCAACUACUACCGCGUGCUGGACGACUCGGACGAGAAGAUCCAGCUGGCCGGGCAGAUGUACGAUCUGGUCGAGCGGUACCUGCGCCGGCUCGACACCGAGCUGGACAAGUUUAAGUGCGAGCUGGAGGCGGACCAUAACGGCAUCACGGAGAUACUGGAGAAGCGCUCGCUCGAGCUGGACAGCAUGACGAGCAAUGGGGGUGCGAACCAGAAGGAGAAUCGGUUUUACGACACGCAGAACGCCCACCCGGCCGGCCACUCGGGUCGGUCGGACGGUGGCGGCAGCCGGUACAAGGUGAAGGCCGAGAAGCGGCGCGACAGCGUGGCCCCGGGCAUGUCGAUGGGGGCGGCCGCAGCGUCCGUUGAGAAGCGCUCCGCAGCCGGCACGUCCAAGCCACUCAACAAUAGCGCCCUGCGCCCAAACACCCCGGCCGUGCUGGCGGCCGGUGGGCUGGGAGUGGCGGGAGCGGUAGCAGCCGGAGCAGCAGCAGGAGGAGCGGCGGGACCGAUGGUGGUCGGCGGCGUGCCGGGAGCAAUCGGAGCGAUCGCAACGGGCGGUGUAGUGGGCGCGGCUGGGGCCGGUGCGCUCGCCACCGUGCCCUGCCCGCAGCCCGUCCCGGUGCUCGGUGGUGCAGCCGGUCCGGGUGCGGGUGGGGUGGCAGCGGCCACCUACAAUCUGCAGACGUGCGGCGCCGGCAAUGCGAUCGUGGCCGCCGCCAGCCAGGCCAUCGCGCAAACGCAGCAGAUGCAGCAGGGGCGCCGCACGGCCAGCCUGAAGGCGUCGUACGAAGCGAUCGGUGGGGUCGGGUCGCACGAGCUGCUGCUCAACAGCGAGCUGGCCGGCGCCACCCACAACGCGCUGCAGGCGGUCGAGCGGGAGUCGACCGCGUUCUCGAACCAGCGGCGGCAGAAGAAGAAGAGCGUCAAUGCCCUCGGCUGCAGCAAUCUGCGUACCAACCCGACCAUGCUGGUGAACGCUUCGAACGUCACGUCCAUGCUGUCGUCGAGCUCGCCGAACGUGCAGACGCUUUCCAGCUCGCCGUCGCUGUCCUCUGUCUCGGUGCACGUCCACACAUCGCCACUCCAGCAGCAGCAGCAGCAGCAGCAGCAGAAUCAGCAACAGUCGCCGCAGUUUGCCGCUCAGCAGCAGCAGCAGCCGCAGCAGCAACACCAGUCGACGGUGCAGUCCCAGCAGCUGCUAAUACACGCGAACACGCCCGUCAGCCUACAGCACGGUCAGCUGCAGCCGGUAAUGCAGCAGCUUACCUUGCCGCCGAUUCCCGGCAUGAAGCACCUGCCCGGACAGCAACAGCAGCAGCAGCUCCUCAACCAGCAGAAACCGGUGCAGCUCGUAUCGGCCCAGCAUCGGAUGCCGCGACAGCUGCAACCCCAGCAGCUACAGCAAUCGCUGCAAGCCCAACAUCUUCAGCAGCAGCAGCAGCUGCAGCGGCCGCAACUACUUCAGCAGCAAGCGCAACAGCUGCACACCGUUCCUCACCAGCAGCUGCUGCAGGCACAGUCCCAGCAGAAGCAGCAGCUGCAGCAGCAGCUAAAAUCCGUACAGCAGCACGCCACGUUCCAGCAGGCGCAACAGCAGCAGCAGGUCCAGUCGCAACUGGUCCAGCAGCAGCAGCAGCAGGUCGUGCAGCACAUGCAGCAGCUGCCGGUGCAGCAGCAGUUGCUCGACCACAAAGACAUCCAGCUGCAAUCGUCCCAGCAAUUGCUGCAGCAGCAGCAGCAGCAGCCACAGCAAGUGUUCCAGCAACAACGGCAGCUGCUCCUACAGCAGCAGCAGCAACAGCUGCAACAGCAGCCACAGCUGCAGGCUGCCCAGCAGCAGCUGCUGCAGCUGCAGAACAAGCAGCACGGUGCCGGCGGCCAACAGGCGGUACAAGUCCUGCCCCAAUCGCUGCACCAGCAGCAACCGUUCAUGACGAGCGUGGCGCAGACGAGCGGCAGCAACGCGACCGUUGUCAACGUGUCCUCCUUCAUGGAUACGCUCAUGACGAACAGUGGCAGCACCGGCGGGACUGCUGGCACCAGCGGAACGAGCAGCAGCACCACCACCACCACCUCCGCCGCCGCUGCUGAACCGGCGGCCUCCGUCGACCAGGCGCCAGAAGGAGAGUGGUUCGAUCCGAACGAGCCACGCUACUGUCUCUGCAAUCAGGUCUCGUACGGCGAUAUGGUCGCGUGCGACAAUGAAGAUUGUCCCUUCGAGUGGUUCCAUUAUCCGUGCGUUAACAUAAGCUCCUCACCAAAAGGCAAGUGGUACUGUCCGCAGUGCAGCAGCUCGAUGAAACGGCGAGCUUCGAGAAAAAAUUAAUCAGCCAAUGGAGUGUUUUUUAUAGCUCUUUUAUUUAGAUUUUUUUUCUUCCUCGCAUGGAACACAGCCACACAUUUGGCAAGCAUUCUAGGGAGAGGGCAUUAGUAUGAUUUUAUUCUAUACAUGUGAUUUCCUUUGUUGCGCUAAUUGUACUUGCAGUGAACGGAGGCGAUUCCCCAUUCCCCAUGAACAGCUGGGCCUCCCGUUUCCCCUUUUUGAUAGUUUUUUUUUUUUACGAUUCACCCGCGGCCCCGCCAGAGUGAUGUAUUAAUGUUCCGUAAACUUUUUUGUUUCGUUUUAUUUUUGAGUCUUGUAGAGUUUGCAACGCAUUUAGGGUUUCAGUUAAGAGGAAGGGAAAAAAGCAAGAACAUAUUUUUUAGCCCUCAAUAUUCUUUGCUCAUAAGUCGGUACCGUGCCGACCCCAUUCUCUAUUUAUUUUGAACUUUGAAUUGAAUUGAAAACGGCCCAUUUGAAAACUUUUGUGAACGAAGAAUUGUAACACGUUGGUGAAGCAUUGGUGAAGCUGAAAUAGAGAUGGCUUUUUCAAUUGUUAUUUUAAUUGUAUUAAAGCACUGUUUUGCUUCGAAAAACGCUCCUAGGUGUGCUGUGUGCGCUGCAGGGGUAAUCCAUACGGCAAUGGCCACAGACCUGUAAUUCAUCAAUCAAAUUAUAAUCGUAAAUGUGUGUGUGUGUGUUGAGCCUGCACUGUGCGAGCAGUUGCCUAAAUCCUAAAGCCAAUUCGACUAGCUCAACGUCAAUCCAAUCGCUUGAGGAGCUGGUCUGACCGGUAGCCGCCUACUAGAGUGGCUCCGCGAUGCAAUGUCAAGGCGAAUCAAAUGCAUUUAAGGUUGACGGCGUGGUAGGUGUGCCGUCUGUGGAACGGCUGCGAAGGUAAUCGUUCGGUGUAGUAAUUGGCAUUUUAGUAAUAAGUUAUCUACACAUCUAUGCAAAAAAAAAACAAACCAACGGAAUUUAAAUAUGGUACGCGACCCUGUCUGUGCCAAAAACGAAAAGAAUUGCGUUACCUUUCCGGGGGGAGCUACAUGAUCAGGGUGGCCACAUAACCGGGAAGCUGCCGGGAAUUUUAUGUAUCCGGGGGAGAAGCGGAGAAUUCAUCACGAUUACUUUUAAGAUCGCGGUGUGUACCGCUGUAACAUGAAAUCCCUUGUAUCUAUUUCUGAAAGAUGUUGUAUCCAUUUCUCUUCUAACAUUUGAUUUCACGUGAUGAUCCAAGACAUGCCGAUAUAUUGGGUUUCGUGAGGUGCAUCGUCAGCGUGGUGCGAGUAGCAGUAUAAUGCAUGGGGGGCUGCUUUUUUGACCGCUACUUCGUUCUUUGCAGAUUUCAAUGCUUUCUCCAGUGGCUGGUUUGUCCAUGACUUCCGAUUACCGUUAUUUAAGGUUACGUCGUGACUUGUGUCAAUCAUCAAUUGAUAGCAGAUGCAACAUUUCCUUAACAUUUCGAUGUCCAUCUUACCCCCAUGACAAGGUCCGUCUUUCCCACUUUGGUGCCAGAAUUAGUGUUUGGUAAAUCUGAAUCCGUUUCAUGAUUCUGAAUGAAUCUCGGUUGGUCCCGGUCCCAAAAGAUUCGUGAAUCAUAAGAUUAAUAUAUCUCAAAAGAUUUGCGAAUCUCUGAGGGAUCCAUAAAUCUCCAAAGCUUGAGCGUUAUUAUUCUUCUUCGUAGCGUAACAAUCGACGUGGUAAUGCCAGCCUAUACAAGUUUUCGAGACUUUUUGGCAUGUACCCGAUAGUUUGUUUACACCCCCCACAGCCCGAUAGUUUGUUUUACUACGGGGAGAUGAUCCAUACAAACCCUUCAAACCCACGAUGGGCAUGUUAUCACUGUACUAUAUGAGAUCGAGCAAAUUCAUUUUUUUAAAACAUACGUCUCUAAAGAUCCAUGAAUCCCUGGAGAUAAAUGAGUCUUAAUGGACACAUGAAUCAUGUAAGAUUCAUGAAUCUUACGAGAUUCCUUGGAGGUUCAAGAGUCUUCAGAGAUCUAUGAAUCUAUAGAGAAUCAUGAUUCUUGAGAGAUUCACGAAUAUUUAAAGAUACGUGAAUAUUUGGAGAUUCGAUUCGAGAUUCGAAUCACUCAUCCCUGAAAAUUCGUAUGAAAGAAACUCAACGAAAGAUUCAUUAAACCCAACAUUAAUCAGGACACUUAAACCACCAUAAAACUCUUUUUUUUCUUUUGAUUGCCGUUUUUUUCACCAGUUGUUUGUUUAAUAAUGACGACAACUCAUUCACAGAGGAAUCCUGCAGAAAAUGUAAACAUUGCAAGUUGUAAAGCUUAAGACCCGUUGUAAUCAAAUCAGAUCCAUAAACGCGUGCGCACGAUACAGAAAACUGUUUUGCUCUCAAAUUUGACAGAAAUCAUGUUAAAAAAAACGGUUCUCAAAUGCGUUCCUUCAGAAUUGGAUACGACAUUGUCGAAUUAUUUAACAAUUACUUUUAUCCAGUAUUGCAGUGUGAAGUGUCCAUCAUUGCCUACAUUUCCCUUGGUACAGUUAUUAAAACUUAUACAAGUUUUGAUAACGUUUUAUGAAAUAAUAAUUUUAAUUUGGAGAAUCGCACAAGUUUAUCAACAA